GUAUUGUUGUAUAUCAGACCCCGGACACCAAUUAUAUCUACAGCCUGGCCAGCCUUUCGCUAAAGCCUUUCUUUGACCAUGCUUGCCGCGGUCGGGCAGCCAGUCCCCAAUACUGAGCAUGCGGUCAGUGUUUCGUUACCAUCAUGGAGGGCCACAGUCGGGUAUGAAGAAGGCGAGGAAUGGGUCGUGUCAAAGAUGAAGACGGGUUAUCCCCGAUUUUUCAUUCAUCUAUCCAUUCAAGAACUUCAAUCCGAAAUACUCAAGCUCCAUGGAAAGCCAGGUGAGGCCGUCAUGCUUUGGCCAACCUUGUUGGUAGCCAGGAGAUGCCAGAAAUUCUUCCAUGACAAAGUGCCGGACCUAUCUCCAGAUCUGGUGCAUGUUCUGGUAUUGGAGCCCGUCAUCAGCAAACAACGGAGUCAAGAGACCGUCUCGUCAGGACUCGCCGCCGUCUUCUUCCCUAAGGAGUACUUUAGCACGGCCAAGCAAGUUUGGCAACACAGCGGAGAUGGUAUCUCCAGCCGUCGAGCCGAAUUCUGUCUCAAGGCUCUCCGUGACGGUUUCCUCAAACCAGCAGCAGCUACCCCGACCACGCCCAAGCUCGAAGAUUUGUAUACCAAAGGACCUCGUCGGUACCAACGUCCAGCAUCACAGCAAGCCAAUAACCUCUUACCACAAACGACCACACCUCCAAAUGCCAGCACCAACUCGGAGCCAUCCAGUCAGGAAAAGGCAACGGUCGAACCCGAACUCAAGGACUACGCACAAUUUGUCGAGGAGCGGUUUGGACGUAACCUCAACGCGAAAUUGGCUUCACAAGCCAAAUUGGCGAUCCGGAGGAGAAUCAGCGGAUGUCUGAAAGAAGACUCUGACUUGGAUCAUGCACUAGCGGCAUCGGCCAAUAACUGCGACUCACGACAAAAAGGGCUUCGCGACACGGACGUGUUCCUGUUCCCGUGUGGCAUGUCAGCCAUCUUCAACACACACCGGAUCCUCCUCCAACUGGGUCAACAAACCAACGGCGACCAACCGAAGACACAGAAAUCGAUUUGUUUCGGAUUCCCAUAUAUUGACACAUUGAAGAUCCUCCAGAAAUGGGGACCAGGAUGCCAAUUCUACGGCUUUGGAAACUCCGAUGAAAUCGACGACCUACAAAAACGACUAGAAGGAGGCGAACGAUUCCUUGCACUAUUCUGCGAAUUCCCAUCCAACCCACUCCUCAACUCACCAGACCUGAUACGUCUUCGAGGACUGGCCGACAAAUACGAGUUCGCCAUCGUGGUUGACGAAACAGUCGGCAACUUCAUCAACAUCAACGUCCUCACACACGCAGACGUCGUCGUGUCAUCACUGACGAAAAUCUUCUCCGGCGACAGCAACGUCAUGGGCGGCAGCAUGGUUCUCAACCCCCAGUCACGAUACUACGAAGGCCUCAGCCGCCUAUUGAGCCAACCAGACGUCUACGAAGACACAUAUUGGGCCGAAGACGCCGUCUUCAUGGAACGCAAUUCCCGCGACUUCAUCUCCCGCAGCCACCGCAUCAACCACAAUACAUCGACCGUGACAACCCUCUUACAGAACUCCCCAAUUGUCAAACACGUCUACUAUCCAGCGACAUCACCCUCUCGUGCCAACUACGAAGCCUGUCGACAUCCGAAUGGCGGGUAUGGCGGUCUCUUCAGCGUCACAUUCCAUAACCCAGCACAGGCAGUGGUUUUCUUCGACCGUCUUGCUGUUCAGAAAGGUCCUAGUCUCGGCACGAACUUUACACUCGCGAGUCCUUAUACCAUUCUUGCACAUUACACAGAAUUGGAUUUCACGGCCCAGUGGGGUGUGGAUCCUAAUCUCGUUAGAGUCAGUGUGGGUCUUGAGGAGACUUCGGAGUUGGUCAAGGUCGUGGAGGCGGCGUUGGAGGAGGCUGCUAAGGUGGGAGUAUAGGCUAGGUCUGCCGAGUUCCUCUCCGAUUAACACCCUUGUGAUAAGUACACGGGAAGAAGAAAAAUCACCGUGAGAUGAAAAUGAAGAUGAGGAAGACGAAGACGAAGAAGACUGACGAUGAUGACGAUGAUGCUUAUGCGAUAACGCCACACAAGAAACUCAUGCCACUGGUACUGUAGUCUUGAUUGGUUGGUCGGAUUUGUUGGAGCCAUACUCCUCCGCGCUGACAGACAAACAAACAGAUAGACAGACUCGUUAUUCUCAUCAUCGUCCCUGCUGUGUUUCCCAUCCUAUGCCUGGAUAAGCUGUUCAACUCAGCUACAGGGAGGAUGGUGUCAGUAAACGAUGGUACUAUGCCCAAAAAAGAAGACAGAAAGAAAGAAAGACCGAGCUACCUGCAGGUUGUCGAUGCAUACACGCAUACACACACAGAGAGAGAAAGAAGAUGCGAGUUUUGAAAACCACUUACUCGCGGUCAAAUGACACAAUGACCCGGUUGAUGAAGAUUAUGUAUCCAACUACAUAGAAACAAAAACGAUUGAGCGAUGGAAUUGAAUCGAAAUGAAAUGAAAAGAAAGA